ACUGGUGGCGGCGGCGACGGCGCCGCAAAGGCCCGAGUUUUCCAUGUAGGGAACUCGGCAGUGCGACACAGAAGAGUGCGAACAUAGCAUGAAAAAAAACUCUAUCUGUCUGAUGCUCGCUCUUCUUAGUGGAUUUCUUUAAAACAAAAAAAAAAACAACAAGCCACACACAAACAACAAAUUUUCCAACUUUUGCCUCUUCUACAACAACAACAACAACAAGAAUACAAGGAACAACAGCUGAUAACAACAACAACAAACACAACACACGCAUCACAUAAAAGAAUUUCCCAGCGGCAAAUCUCAACGGAAUAUUUACUGAGUGCCAGUUUUUGGUCUCAAAGUCAACCGAAAGUGCAUUCUAUAUAUAUACAUACGCCAGAGUCACGCCCACACACGCCCAUAGAGAGGAGUCGCAGAGCGUAAAGAAAAAUGGCGGCGUUCAUAGCGAAACAGAUGGUGGGAAACCAAUUAAGUGCCGUUAAAGAUGCUGCAGGCGGAGGUGAUGGCGGUGAUGAUGGCGACGAUAAGGAAAAGGCAGAGGAGGAGGAGAGAGAGCGUCAGGAGGCCAUACGUGAGGCCGAAGAGCGACGCAAGGAGAAGCAUCGCAAAAUGGAGGAAGAGCGCGAAAAAAUGAGACAGGACAUACGCGAUAAGUACAACAUCAAGAAAAAGGAGGAAAUCGUUGAGGCAGCGCCACAAGAGGAGCCCAAUCCGCUGAUGCGAAAAAAGAAGACGCCCGAGGAGUUGGCCGCCGAGGCUGAGCAGGAAGAGCUCGACGAUUUUACAAAACUGAAAAAUCAAAUAGAAACGCAAGUAAAUGAGCUAAAAACUCAAAUAGAGGGAAAAUGUGUCAUGCAGUGAUAUGUCAGUCAUCAUAAAAUAAUAAUACAAAAACCCCAAAAAGAAAAUGCAUAAUAAAAUACAAAAACAAAAAAAAAAUGAAUACAAAUAUAAAAAGAAAAUGAAAAUGCAAAUGCAAAUCACAUAAAUUCUAAUAAAUGAAGUAUAACAAGAAAACGAAACAUUUAUGAAAUGCAAUUGAUUUCAAUCACUUAACUUCAAUUUGUUGAUAUAACGUUAUAAAUAUAUUAUGUUCAAUCGUGCAGCAUAGUAUUGGAAAAGCAUAAAACAAAUAAUCUAUUUACCAUACAUAUAACCCAAAGAAAAAAUAAAUAAAAAAAACAAACAACAACUCACAAUUCGGCAGCAAUAAAUCGAGCAAAUAUAUAAAACGCCGCAGAUUGAGAUUAUGUGAAGCAACUUAAGGAUUAAAUAUAUAUAUAUACAUAAUAAUAAUAAAAGUAUAAUAUAUAAUGAUAAUGAAAUAUAUAUACAAAAACAUAUAUAUGUAUUCAUAUAUAUAUGAAUAUAUGAAAACAGGACGGUGAAAUCCUAUUGAAUUUUAAAGUAGUUAAAACAUAAACCAAAUUAUGUAUAAACGAAAUAUAGUAAACGCCUUUAAUAAUAUUCAAAUCACUUUUGCUUCGAUGAUAAUGUAAUAUACUCAAUGCCCCAAUAUACAAUACAUAACCGUUGUUUAGUUGAUAGCAUUACGAAAUUACAAGACAAAAACGAAAACGAAAACGAAAACAAAACAAAAAACGAAGCGAAUUCCAAUUCCACUUCGAAAUUCGAAAUCCCCAAUAUCGAUGCAAUAUCGAAUUCGAAAUCGAAACUAAACAAAAUGCGAAUGGUGCGACAGAGACAGGUCACAGUCACAAAGUCACGAGACACAGACCAGACAGAGACAAACAAACAAGGAGGUUGCUGAAUCAUGUCGAACCGUCGAAAUACGUUGCUGAAAUCUUUUUGGACUUUAAAUAACAUUACAAUACAUACUACAAACAAAAAUACAUGCAUACUUACUUACAUACCACAUAAAUACAAUACGUAUAUACACGAGUAUGAGACGAGAUGAAAGGAAAUGGACAUGGAUGAUAUUUAUAAAUCGACGACAUAUAUUAAAUCAUUAAUAUAUAUAAUUCUUUUGUUGAUAUUUCCAAAUCAAUUCAAAUAAAUUUCAAUAAAAAAAAGAAAUCAAUCGAAAUCGAUAUCGAAUAAUUGACUGCAGAAAUGUUAAGAUCAUCGCUGGUACUCGAAACGAUUAUUCCAAGAAAUCCACAAAAAAAAACAAAAACCAAACCGACAAAAAGUAUUCACGAUCGUUUGUUUUUUUGAAACUCAAAAGAACUCUUCUUUAACAGCUGUAAUAUUUUGUUUCUUUCCUAUACAAAAACAACAUACACACAACAUCAACAACUACAACAACAACAAUUGAGACAUUCUAAGCUAUUUGAGAUUUGAGAUUCUUAUUGAACAAACUGAUUGAUGCUUCUGAAAUACAUAUGUACUCUCGGUGUUUUAUAUGAUAUAUACUCUCGUAUCAUCAACAAGAACAAGAACAAGAACAACAUCAACAUCCAACAACAGCACAAGAAAACAACAACUACAACCAGUACAAGUACAACAACAACAUCAACCUACAUCUACAACAGAAGUAAUCUUAUAUGUACUAUAUAAUAUAAAAUAAAAAAAACAAAACGAAACAAAACCAAAUUCCAACAAAACCAAAAAAGAAGAGAACCAAAACACUUCAGAUUAAAUACAAUAUGCAACUAAUUUUAUUAUACACAAUUCUUUCUGGACGUUGUGACAAAUUUGUUUUCCUUUUGUAAAUGAUGAACGUUUUGAUUCACAGUCGAUGAUACGAUUACACAGAUACAUACAUGCAUACAUAUACCUAUACAUAUACUAAAUACAACUCAUAUAUAGUCACAUGCAUUUAAAUAGCCAACAAAGAAUAUGGUGUUGUAAAUGUUAAAGUUAUGUACAGAUCCAAAACAAAUACCAAAGAAAUAAAUGUACAAUUUACCUAAAUACCAUCAUAUACUAGCAACUAAUGAGUAUUUAAUAGCUUAACCGAUACUUACUUAUCGCGAUUAUCAUAAUGAACAAUGAACAAUGAACAUACAAAACCAAUACCCCCAAAUACCGAGAAUUCUAUGUCCCUUUUUUCUCUUCAACUGUUUUUUUUUUCUUGUCAGACUAUCGACGACAACAACAACAACAACAACAACUCUUCAGCUUGAGUUUCAGUUUCGGGCUUUAAUGCCGCUCUCUGUCAAUCUAAUAAAGCAAUCCUAUAGUGCCCCCUUCGCUCCAUACAAAGUUAGGAACGAUUGAAUGCCUUAAUGUGGCUUCUAUGAAAAGCGUAUAGAUUCUAUCCGAUGAUGAAAGCUUAAUCUCUUUAACAUCUUUAACAUCUAGUACUACUACUCUAGAGCCUAUAUCUACUACUACUAUAUUCGUAUAGCAUUAUACUUACUCGACAUGUACUACUACUACUAACUACUAUUACAACUAUGUACUGUUUUCCCCUACAUACAGAUUUUACUAGUUUUACCGAACCCCGAAGUCUUAUGCUCUUUCCAAUUCUUAGAUCUAAACAAUCUUAAAUGAGAAAACGCUUUCUACUUACAUACUACUUAACAUAUAGCGAAUGUUUAACUAGAUUCUAUAACAAGCAAAUAUCUCUAUUGCGUUUUUCAAAUACAUACUAUAUGAUAUUGAAGUUCACUUGAAUUGUUUACGAAAUACAAAAGAAAACCAACCAAAAAAAAAAAUCAAAUAAAAAAAAAAAUAUAUACAAAAAAAAAAAAGAAGGAAGGUUAUAAAAGGAAAGAAGAAAAGGAUGACAUAUUAUUUAAUCAUAAAAAAAGAAAAGAUUUUAACGUAAUCAUAAAUGUUGAAAAUGUUAAAUGGUUCAGAUGAAUUUUUGUUUUGACGUUUAAUAUUUAUUCUAGUUAUGAUAAUGUAUGUAUAUGUAUAUCGGAAAGUUUAUAGCAAACCAGAUUAUUGAAUAUUAUUAAAAUAUAUAUACAUACUUAUAUAUGAAAGUAUAUACAUAUAUAUGCAUAUGUAUAUGUGUAACUAAAUAGGGAAAUGAAUUUAACAACAUCAAACCAAAAAAACAAAAACAAAACGAGAAUAAUGUUGAAAAGAAUACCAUUCAAGUCAUUAUUACAAGUAGAUGUGAAAGCAGUUCUACACACAACAAACCAAAAAAAAAAACCAAAAAAAACAAAACAAAAUGCAAGAAACAUAAGGAAAACGUUAAUAGUUGAUUAAUUAUAUUGUUACUUUGAACA